UAGAUGGCAUCUUUUCACAGUGUAGGGGAAGUCUGGGGGUAGCCCAAUGCAAGGACACACAGUGACAUCAACUGAAUGCAGUGAGGCCCCACCACUAUUCCUGAGGCGCGACUCCCUUUCCAAACAGUCCCGCUUUGAUGCACAGAAAAGUUGGGAGUUGCAGUCUACUAUAUUCUUUGUGACUUCUGAAGUAUGUAUUAUGAUGUCUAUGAAAGUAAUGCCUGGGAGGAAGAGUAUGACUCUACAUGGGAGGAAGAGAAUCCCCCAGAAAAUAAAAAGCCUAGAAAACAUCAUCAGAAGAAAAAUUCAUGGAACAGAGCAGCGAGAGACAUGCAGAAUUACAGACAUGGCUAUGGAAAUAAAUUCAUGCCUUCUGCAGGUGAACCGGAUUACAUGCCAAACCUGGAGUUCUACCAGAACAAGAUAGAAUUUAAGCCAAAUGGACUUAAAAUAGAAAAGCUGCUUGAUUACUGGAAAGAAGACUAUAACACACUGGAGUCCAAUCAUUCCUACAUCCAGUGGCUAUUUCCACUACAGGAGCGUGGUGUGAACCCACAUGCUGUCCCCUUGACAAUGAAUGAGAUUGAGAUAAUGAAGAAGGAUGAAGAUAUCACACGCAGGUUCCUUAGGUCUUACAAACUUAUGUUGGGAUUUUACGGCAUCAGUCUCCAGGAUGAGAAGACUGGAGAAGUGGCUAGAGCGGAAAAUUGGAAGGAGAGAUUUAGUAACCUGGACAAUCGCAGCCACAACAACCUGAGGAUCACACGGAUACUGAAGUGUUUGGGGGAGCUGGGCUAUGAACACUUCCAGGCCCCACUUGUCAGGUUUUUCCUGGAGGAGACCCUGUGUGAGGGCCAAUUACAGAAUGUAAAAGGAAGUGUAUUAGACUAUUUCAUGUUCACUGUAAAGGACAAGAGAGCACGCAAGGACCUGGUACAUUUCGCCUGGUCACACUACAAACCGCAAGAGAAGUUUAUCUGGGGGCCUGUGAAAAAACUGACAGAUUACAAACCUUAUGAGGAAAAGAAGAUAAAAGAAAAUGAAGCCGAAGGGAGUCAGGAUAUAAAGGAAGUCCAAGGAAAACAUAAGAAUUGCGAUAUGGGUAACUAUGAGAGUCAGGUUGAGGGAGAACCAGGUAAUGUAAAGCAGUCUAGUGGUGUUUCCAACUAUGGAAAUACAGAUUACACACAUCUGGAGAAAGACAAGAAUCAAAAUAGUGAGAAUGACAGACAACAGGACAUAAUAUCUGGAAGUAAGAAUGAGGAAAAUUAUGACAUACAAGGAGAAAAUAAACAAGGGGUAAAAGAGGUUGCACAGACCUCCUGUGAGAGUGAAAAGGAAGAGACUGUAAAUUUAGGAAUUAAGGUAGUACCAGAACAGCCCACAAAUUCAGGAAAUAAGACCGGGUCAGAAGCUAGCGAAUCCACAGUAAAUGACAAACAGGUGACAGAGAAAGGAGAGUCAGAUAUUCAUUUGCUAAAAGAGUCUGGAGACAAAGAAUAUGAGGAAAGAGCAAAUAAAAAUGGGGUAAUAGAGCCUAGAAAACAGCAUAUAUCUGGGAUUAAGAAUGAGGAAAAUGACACAGAAGGAAAAAUUAAGAACAGUUCAAAAGAGAUUGGACAGACAGGAGGUGAGCGUGGAAAGGAAGAGUCUUUCUGCUCAGGAACUAAGACAGUGCUGGAACAGCCCUCAAGUUUAGGAAAUGAGACAGGGACAGAAGCAGCCAAAUCAACAGGAAAUGAAGAACAGAUUAUAGAGAAAAGAGAGUCAGAAAGUAAGUUAGUAAAAGAGUCUGACGACAACGAACAUGAGGAAAUGGCAACAAAAAAUGGGGUAAUGGAGCCUGGAAAACAGGACAUAUCUGUAAGUAAGAAUGAGGAAAAUUAUGACAUACAAGGAGAAAAUAAGCAAGGGGUAAAAGAGGUUGCACAGACCUCCUGUGAGAGUGAAAAGGAAGAGACUGUAAAUUUAGGAAUUAAGGUAGUACCAGAACAGCCCACAAAUUCAGGAAAUAAGACCGGGUCAGAAGCUAGCGAAUCCACAGUAAAUGACAAACAGGUGACAGAGAAAGGAGAGUCAGAUAUUCAUUUGCUAAAAGAGUCUGGAGGCAAAGAAUAUGAGGAAAGAGCAAAUAAAAAUGGGGUAAUAGAGCCUAGAAAACAGCAUAUAUCUGGGAUUAAGAAUGAGGAAAAUGACACAGAAGGAAAAAUUAAGAACAGUUCAAAAGAGAUUGGACAGACAGGAGGUGAGCGCGGAAAGGAAGAGUCUUUCUGCUCAGGAACUAAGACAGUGCUGGAACAGCCCUCAAGUUUAGGAAAUGAGACAGGGACAGAAGCAGCCAAAUCAACAGGAAAUGAAGAACAGAUUAUAGAGAAAAGAGAGUCAGAAAGUAAGUUAGUAAAAGAGUCUGACGACAACGAACAUGAGGAAAUGGCAACAAAAAAUGGGGUAAUGGAGCCUGGAAAACAGGACAUAUCUGGAAGUAAGAAUGAGGAAAAUUAUGACAUACAAGGAGAAAAUAAGCACAGGGUAAAGGAGACUGGACAGAUAGGAGGCAUGAGUAGAAAGGAAGACUCAGCAAGCUCAGGGACUAAUAUAAUUACAGUGCCAGAAAUGAAUGAUGAAGACAAAGAAUCUGAGGAAAUAGGAAAUAAAAAUGGGGCAAAAGAGACUGAACGCUUAGAAAAUAAGAAACUGCUUGAAUCGAACAGUGGGACAGAGCAUAAGAAUUGCUGUUCUAUUUGGGACUUAAUAUUGUCUUUUUAUGGCUUUUGCUGUCAUUUUUGUCUCUUAUGCAGAAAUUAAUGGGUGAAAACAUGAUAAGGAGAUAGCACAUAAACAUGGGGCAAAAGAGGCAGAAAUGGGCAAACUGCUUAAAAAUAACAGAGGGAUAUAACGUGAGAAUCGCUGUUCUGUUCUUUUCUUUGUUUAAAUUUUUCUAGACUUCCUA